AUGCGCAAUGAUCCUUCAUCGUCCGAACCCACAUCGAUUGAUCAUAUCGUUUUUGGGAUUGCCUCGACCGCCAAAUCAUGGCCAACACGAAAGGAAUACAUUAACAUGUGGUGGAACCAUGAUAAAAUGCGAGGUUGCAUUUUUCUUGAUGCUCCAUUAGACAAUGACACUCUCCUCGAUAACGAUUCUGUCAUGCCUCCGAUUUGCAUCUCCAACGACACAUCCCGGUUUGGUUACACGUGGGAUGGUGGGCUCCGGUCCGCCAUUCGGGUCGCUCGUGUGGUUUCGGAGACAGUAGCGUUAAACCAUACAAAUGCUAGGUGGUUUGUGUUCGGGGACGAUGAUACGCUGUUCUUUCCGGAUAACCUGGUUAAGACGUUGUCGAAAUAUGAUCAUAAUCUAUGGUAUUACAUAGGGUCGAACUCGGAGAGUUACGUGCAAAAUCGACAUUUUUCAUUUUCUAUGGCAUAUGGUGGAGCUGGGUUUGCGAUAAGUUAUCCGUUGGCGAAAGUUUUGUCAAAGGUUCUAGACUCGUGUUUGGAGAGAUAUACGCAUUUGUAUGGUAGUGAUGGCCGGAUUUCAUCAUGUUUGGCUGAGCUUGGUGUUGCAUUUACUAACGAGCCCGGUUUUCAUCAGAUGGAUGUUACGGGAGAUGCAUUUGGAUUAUUGAAGACGCAUCCAAUGAGUCCAUUGGUGUCCCUCCAUCACCCAGAUCGCAUUGAUCCAAUUUUCCCGAGCAUGACGCAAACAAACGCUUUGCGUCAUUUAUACGAAGCCGCAAACAUAGAUCCUCAUCGGAUCUUGCAACAAACCGUAUGUUACGAUCGUUGGUAUUCUUGGACGGUUUCAGUCUCAUGGGGGUAUGCCAUUGAAGUUUUCGGGGUCCAUGUUCUUCUACCUGAUGUACUUCGUAUUCCCGUUACAUUUCAACCGUGGCUAAAGAAUCGCGUUUUUAAUACGUUUUUCAACUUUGACAUGAGGCGACACCACCACGAACCUUGUCGAAGACCUGUCGUGUUUCAUUUGGAUAGUGUGCACUUGAAGGAAGACAGGAUUACUAGCGUUUACAGAGUCAUGGAAGAAAGAAACUGCACAUUUGGCAUGUCAUCUCCAAGAAGAAUUCAAGAGAUCACAGUGUAUUCCCAAAAACUAAAUCUUGAAUUAAAACAGUCCCCUAGAAGACAAUGUUGCGAUAUAUUACCUUCCUCAUCAUACAAAUUAAUGGAAAUCAACAUCAGGUCGUGCCAUGAAGAGGAACUAAUACAUAAGAAACCAUAACAUCGAUCACUUCAUGUGUGGCCCUACAUCAAAUCGAGACGAAAAAUUGAUCAAUGACAAGUCGUGUAUACAUGGAAGGAUAGAGAAUUUGCACUUACACUUAACGUACAAGCAAGAACAAGUAGUGGACA